UCUUCAGAGAGAUCAGAAACAAAGAGAGAGGUUUGAACCUUUGAGAUGAUGAUGAAGGUUGGUUUCAUGAUUGUAGCUCUUUUUAUCGUAUCCGUUGAGAUUUCAGCUAAAGAAAUUUCACCAAAGGUGUCUCCUACUGAGCAUUCGUCUUCUCCGCCUCAGCCAGAGAAUGAAAUGUCUCCAUCUCCGACAAUGUCUACUGAAUACGAUUAUUCGUCUUCGUCUCAGUUUACAGAAGCCAGUGAUCUCAAUUACACUGAGAAUAUCAGAAAGGGAGGCAAAAAAGCCUCCGCAGGAGACAAAACUGGAAUUGUUGUCGGAGCCAUUGCAGCGGUGAGUAUGGUCGGCUUCGGUGGAGGAUAUUUGUUGAAGAAACGGCGUGAGAACGUUCGCCGUUCGCGGUAUGGAUACGCCGCCACUGAAUUCUUCUGAAGAUCUCGUCACCGCCUUCAAAAUUCUCAAAGUCUUCUUUCUUUCGGUAUAUAUUUGUUUGUUCGUUCUUAUAAAUCUUUUGAAUAUGCAAAUUUGUGGUGUAGCAUUCGAACAAGAUGCAAAAGUGAGUUCUGUUUAUUGAGAGAUUCACAACAUUGUAUAUUGAAAAAACAGAGAGAACAUGAGGCAUCAGAUUGUUUUUGUCUAAUUGAAAAAUGAAACACCACAAGGAAAUAAAUAACUUCAUUUUUACA